AUCCCUCCCAGGGGGCCACCACCACCGCCGUCGCCCUCCCGUGCGGCGGUGACGCGCGGGAGAAGGCGGCGCCUUUGGGUCGGGGCGAGGGGGUGGCGCUGUCGGCGUCUGUGGCUGAAGAGGCGACGACGCUUUGGGGGUUGGUGCAGCGUGGUGGAGACGUCGACCUUCCUCCUCCUCCUGCCCCCGCCCCUGCUGCCGCUGCUGCUGCUGAACCCCGCGGUGCCCGCUAGCUAAGGCCGUGCGGGGUGAAGUGGUGGAGCAUAGAAGUAGCGGACAACGCGAGAGGAACGCGGAUUUCUCCACCCCCCUCCCCAUCACCACCACCACGGGCCUACAGCAUCGGGGACCGCCGUGUACCAAGUGGGGGGUUUGGUGGUGGUGGGACAGCAGGAGUUGACCGGUUGGCAGGACAGAGGUCAGCAUGGCCGGGGCGAAGAACUACGAGGACAAGGAUGGGGGGGACGCGUGUGGCACUGUCUGCCUCAAGUAUCUGCUCUUCAUAUUCAACUUCAUCUUCUGGCUGGCAGGCUGCGGGGUGAUGGCGGUAGGCAUCUGGACGCUGGUGGAGAAGGCCGACUACAUCAGCCUGCUGGCCUCCAGCACCUUCGCUGCCACCGCUUACAUCCUGGUGAUCGCCGGGGCUGUCGUCAUGGUAACGGGCGCGCUGGGAUGCUGCGCCGUCGUCAAGGAGCGUAAGACCUUCCUCCAAGCUUACUUCAUACUGCUGCUGCUCAUCUUUCUGCUGGAGAUCAUUGCCGGAGUCCUCGCUUACAUCUACCACCAGCAGCUGAGCUUGGAGCUUCACCAGCACCUGAACAGCACCAUGGUGGAGAACUACCAGCAGGACCAGCAGGAGCGCGUCACGUCCGCCGUGGACAAGCUGCAGCAGGAGUUCAAGUGCUGUGGCAGCAAGAACUACCAGGACUGGGCGAGCAGCCGCUACAUUCGCUCGGCGGCGAGCAACGACCGCCUCGUGCCGGACUCGUGCUGCAAGACGCGCACGCCCAGCUGCGGCAAGCGCACGCACCCGUCCAACAUCUACAACGUGGAGGGCGGCUGCAUCACCAAGCUGGAGAAGUUCCUGUCUGACCACCUGCUCAUCAUCGGCGCUGUGGGCAUUGGUGUUGCCUGCCUGCAGGUGCUGGGGAUGAUAUUCACUUGCUGUCUGUACCGCAAGCUCAAGUCGGACCCGUACUAAUCAGCGGUUCGUGCAUCAGCCCCAACCGCUCCCACCUCCGCAUCGCCUGCCGUUUCGUCGCGUAAAACCACACCACUCUCUUGCCGACCGCCUUAUUCCACUUCGCUCUCGCCCGGUGCCGAUGCCCAGUCAGUCCCCUGCCGUGGCCAAAACCCAGACACGAGCACCUGAGGUUGCAGCCUCUUCGCUUUGUAAUCUUUAUUCCCUGACGUUCAGUCUCAUGGGCCCCAGGUAGCAUGGGAGGCGACGGUUCGAUCCUCGUUACAGCUGCCCGCUAAUUUAUUUGGCGAAUGUAUUACUGAGCCUCUGAGGCUUGAUUGGAAACAGCCCCGUAAUGUUAUUUGCAAGACCAGGCAAUUUUGUGUAAUGCCUCAAAUGUAACACUACAUAUGUAAUCAAUCGUACAAUGAUAUAUAGUCAUAUAUAAUCGGUGAUAAUGUAGUAAAUGAGUUGUAGAGAAAUCAUGGCCGUUGAUAAUAAUGAUUAAUGCAAUUAAUAGUGAGUCUCACUCGACCUCCCCCCUGAUUAAUUUGAUGAUCUUAAAUACAAUUCGAUGAUUACUCUGACUUUGAAAUCAUGGGAACGGCUCUGGCCACGACACCACGGUGACAGUGGUCGUCACAGCAGCCGUAACAGCGACGGUGUCAGCACGGACGAUGGCCGCGAUGAUGACGACGAUAAUGACGAUGACGGUGGUCAUCUCCCGCAGGGGUUGACACCGACUGCACGAAUGAUCGGCCUUGCGAGCACGUGCUUAGUCUGAUCUCAUCCAGCCGUAUCUUCCGCACGUUGGUUAACGAUGCGUGAAUGUUGCUGUCGGCUGUGUUCCUCCAAACGGUACAAAUCUCGCCGUGAGAGCGCUCUCCCAUCCCAAGCUGCGCAAUCUGCUUCGCUCGAAAGUUUGUGCCUGGUGUGUGAGCUCGCUCAUCUCCACGCUACGUGCACGCUCAUACCGGUGUGCCACCUUUUUGUGCCGUACGUAAUUCCCUGUGCCGAUUGUCGCCUGCUCACCGCAGGCUGCGUGCUUGUUUAUUAUUUGUCUCCACUGCGUGCCGCUUAUGUCUCCGCUGCGGUUUAAUUGCGACGGCGAUAAUAGGAAGGAAGCUGAAAGUUAAUAGCAACACGAGAAACACUACGCGUUCCAUCACCUGCUUCGAACAAUUGGUCCCUUCUCCAGAAUCCGCAAUUUUAAAAGCACUCGCGUGAUAGACAGCAGGAGCGUCGCCUGCACGCGUCGCAACGAGUCGAGGUGCCGUGCCCGGUUAACGUUUCGUUCGCGUCUACGGGUUUUUAAAAGCCUGCGCGCCGAUUGCGUCCUGUUCCGGCCCUCGUCCGUAAAUUACCGUGCUUGCCGCUCCUUUGCCAGCGACUUUUAGGUGAAAUUAGACCGUGGCGAGACCCCGUGACCUGCCUGCGUGCCGAGGGCAAUUCUGGCUUGGCGACGUGUCUGUGCUCGAGGGCUUUUCCCUUCUCUCUCGCACUGCGCUGGCGUUUCACGUCCGACGCCUUGGGAUCAUCGUGGCCUUGGAGGAGGAUUUUUUUGUAACGUUGCCUUACUAUGAUAUGCUUUGUUGUUUUGCUUUACUUGUUUAAAUGUGGUGUUUUUAUUGUUGUUAGUAUUCUCGGAAGAGAUGCGAGUUUAAGACGCCCAUGCCAGUUUGCCUGAUCUCAUUGAUUUAAGUGCCUUUCUCUGCGUUGUGUAACUUGCCUGACGGGUAGCUGGAAUGACGCCUUGGCAAUCGCUCCAUAGCACCGUGCGUGCGUGUGUGCGUUUGUCUUUGUAGCAUCUGUGGGGAGCUGUAGUGCAACGGUUAGCGCGCUGCGCUACGAACCCAGCGACCAGAGGUUCGAUCCCCGCUGACGGACAACACCAGUGACGAUAAU